AUGAAGAAGAACGACCGCAAGCGCCAGGCAUUGCUCGAGAUGUUUGACGAGCUGGAUAAGGACGACAGCUGCAUGCUGAUCAAGCAGGAGUCGAGCGACAUUCAACCCCACAUGAUUUGCAGGAGCACCAAGAGCUUGCGCGCCAUCGCUGCAUCCAGCGCUGGGAGCAGCAGUGGUACCGCUAGUGCCAGCAGCAGGCGAUGUAGCAUCAGCAGACACAUGAACAGCAGUAGCAGAUACGCCAGUUGUCGUGGCAGUGCUUGCUGUAGAGCGCCAUUUGUAGCAGGAAGGACAGGACAACAUUGGUCUUUCCCAGCCCUCCCACGAUCCGCCUCGCGCCUCGCGCCCGCGUCCCCGGCCGUGAAGCAUGUCGAUUGA